AUGAAUUUGACGGCCCCGACAUCGGCGACAAUAUUGUGCGUGCAAAUCUCCGUGAAUAUCAUCAUGCUACAUCUCAUCCUGCCCUUCACGACUGUCCUCGUGAUCGUCCUUGUGGAGAAACAGGCGCUGCGUGAGAAGCCCCAGUUCAUUUUCUUUACCUCUCUAAUGAUCAACGAAGUGAUCGUUUACCUUGUGCGCAUUAUAUUCAUCGCCGUACAAUUGGGCAACGUGCCGAUUAGCAGCUCAGUGUGCAAUGUGUACCAAUCAUUAGUUUCCGUUUACCUGGCAAAUGAUUUCUACAGCUUAGCGGCCAUGUCCAUUGACAGAUGCAUUGCGAUUUGCUGGCCACUGAAGUAUAACAUGAUACUGUCCCCCGUCAGAGUGCGUAACGCCGUGAUCACCAUCGCCUUGGUUUCCGCUUCGGUGCCAUUUGCCCUGUUCCUCGCAGAGGAGAUUUUGGAGAAGCACCACAACCCAAACAUGCUCUGCACGGUGGACAAUGUGACCCUCUUCAAAACGGGACAGAUGCGCGUGUUGUACUCCGUUUUCCGCGUGUGCGCCUCCUCACUUGUGGUUGUGCUGAGCUACAUUCUCAUCUAUCGGGAAGGACGUCGAGCGGGCGUGUUUAGCGUAGAGAAUGAGACUGGCAGACGCUCCAUUCUCUACCACGGACUGCAGCUGUCCUUGUUCAUCCUGCCCACAAUACUGCUGCAAGUCCUGGCUGCAUUUGGGAGACGUAUAGCAAUUUCAUUCCAAACGUAUGAGGCUAUUCUGAUGACACACCUGGUCGUCUUUUCAGUUGCACAAGGCCUCGGCCUGGUCAUCUACGGCCUCAAAAUCACGCACCUCAGAAAGAACAUGUGUCGAGUUUUGGGGAUUAACCGAGCUGCUAUUGGUGUUCAUUCGUAGAGAAGCAGGACACGUAUGUGGUUGUGUGAAUUGAGGCAAUUCAUCUGUUUUCAUUGCCUUGUGCUUUGACUAAAGUGGGCUACAGAGUCCGACACAUCAUUGAACACGAUUUAGAAUGUCGAUUAGCAAUGAUCUGUGCCUCGAUUUUUCACAGGACGUGAGUAUAUAUGUUUAAUAUGGGUGGAAAUUAAAUGCAUUGUCGCAAUUCAAGGUAGCGAUUCAAUAUGUAUGGAUAUUCUUUUUACGUUGUGAUGCAGGGUAGCAACCACGAGUGGCUUAAACAAGUGGUCAUGCAGAUACAUUAGACAACAGAUUGUACGUAAAAAAGCAUGAACUCUUAUCAAUGACGCCUUGAAUGGUGCUGUUUGGUGCUGGUCGCUUGGCAUAUCGUGCCUUUGAGCCUGUGCUCAAGAACCGUGAUUUAAAAAUACUAAUUGAAAAUCACUCAUUGUUAAUCACGUGACACGUUGCAUCUAUUGUGAGCUCAAUAAUCCCUAGUAAUGAGUGAAGACAUCGUCCCACCCAUGCUAAUGUGGUUAAUUCUGACGUUAUGAAUUCGCGUAAUUAAUUGCUAUGCUUCAUGGUAUGUGUUAUGCAUGUAACAGUUGAGCAAUUAAGUUGUCUAGUUUUUGUGUGUAACACUCUGAACAAUGUGCGUUUUGUUUAGAUGCAUUUUUAGUGGUCAAUAGUAGAUCAAACUUACCUUGGAUAAAAAAAAAGCAUCCAAUGAAUGCUUUUGGAAA